AUGGAGGGUUUUUACCCCUUUGCACAGGCAAACCUGUGGAGCGCCGUACCCUCCAACAACGGAACCCAGCAUCUGCAAGGCGGCGCGGCGCAUGGCGCGUCCCAGGGGUUGACGUUAUCCGGGGUAACAGGCGGACCGGCAGAUGGCGAAACGCCAGGCGUGCCGGGGCCGCUUGCCGACCCAACGUCCAGCAGCAACAUUGCCGGGUACCCUGCUACGCUGCCCAGCGGCUUGUUCGCGGCUCUCGAUGAGCUCGCAGCCGCCAUCGGGUUCACAUCCGGGGCCAACGAGCCGCCUGCCCCGCUGGCACAGCCGCCUGGCUUUGCCACAGGCGCACCAGCGUGGUCAGGGCACGACCUGGCUCCAGCCGCAGCCGCAGCUGCGGGCUCCCGACCCCUGGAGGUUGCGCCGCCAACUCCAGCCACCGCCGCAAACACUGACCCAGCAGCAGCUCAACAACCGCCACCGGCGGUGCUUCAGCCGCAUACCUCCCAGCAGGCCGCGGGAGAGCUCCCGCAGUCACAGCUCUCUGCACCUCAACAGGUAGCAACGAUACCCGCAGCUUCACCACAGCAGCAAUGCCCCCAGGCACUGCCGCUGCAGCAGGAGCCAGCGUCGGUUCAGCAACAAGCCCAGCCGCCGCCCGCCCCGGUGGCCCAGACCUUCAAAGCACCCACCAUCGCCAUGCUGCGGGCGAUGAGGAACAACGCAUGGGCCGCAGCCGCUGCCGCUCCUGCCCCAGCGACUUCCGCGCCUUCGUCGGCACCCGCAGCGGCGUACGGCGGCAAAGGCCAGUUAGAGCCCGCGGCUGCCAAGGGUGUUGUGCGGGCGGCGCCUCCGGAGCAGCCGGGUUCCGUCGCGGCGGGGCCUGGGCCGCUUGCCGGCGCGGCGGAUGCUGCUACUGCUGCUGCUGCCUCGGCCACUGCCACUGCUGCUUCCGCCUCCGCCCCAGCUGCGGCAGCGGCUGGUGAUGCUGCUGGCUAUGACCCCGCGGUGCAGCUUCACCUUCAGCAACAGCCGCAACAGCCGCAGCAGCUGCAGGUGCAGCUCGUACCAGCAGCUGGCGGUGGCGGCGUACUGCAGGUGGUCGCAUUCAGCAGCGGCUCUGGCGGCGGCGGCCCUAUGCCCCUUGUCCCGGAGGCGCUGCCGCCGGCUGCGGCAGCCCUCCUGGGAACCGGUCUGGCGCAGGGCCCUGCAGUUGCCCUCCAGGGGCAGACACACGCGCCAUUGCAGCAGCUGCAGUACGGCGAAGUCGUCCAGAUGGCUUGGCCAGCCCCUGGCGGCCAGGCCCCUCCGGUUAUCGCAUACAAUGCUCCCGAAUCCUUUCCAUACCCACAAGCCCAACCACAACCACAACCGCAACCACAACUGCAUCAACAGAAUGAACCGCAACCACACGGGGCUUUCCAACCGCAUGGCCAGGACCAUGCGUAUGGGUACCGACAGCAGGACGAGCGUCAUUACCAGCAUGGCAGGGACGACCGGCAGCACUUGUACGCACCGUACAACGAGUACGGCAACAUGAACCAGCCGCCGCGGCACCAGCCGCCGCACCCCCAGUACGCAAGCAGUGCAUCAGGCGCGUACGACAGGCCAGAUGCGCCGCGGCAUCCGACGCCGUAUAUUUAUCGCCCGCCGGCCGCUGAGCCGCCGCCAGCAGACUCGCACAGUGCAUGGCCCGAAAAUGAACCUCGAUCCCUUGGUGUGGGCUACGUACCGCUUAGGCGAAGGCCGCCGUCGACCCAUCCUGUUGAAGGGUGGCGCACAACAGGCUACCGUACACGCCAGAGGGAACACCCUCAGCACCUGCUGUGGUCGCCGCCCCCGUCUGUUCUGUACACACCCACUAGGGAAGUGGAGGAGAGGAGCGAGAGCCCGCCGCCGGAGAUGGGGCCCGGUGGCAGUGGCUGUGAUGGCGAGGGCGAGGGGCCCAGGGAGGCGGAGCUCGAGGCCAGCGCGGCGGUCUCAGCAGCCGCCAGGGAGGGCGAGGGAGCGGCAGGGGUCGCAGCACGCGCAGCUGACAAAGUCCGCGGGAGGUCAAGCUCGCCCACUUCGCAGGAGGGCUCUCCGCCGCCGCCGGUGUUGGAACAGCCACGGGGUCCCAGCACUGCAACGGUGGCUGCGAUUCAGCUAAUAGAGGCACGUCGGAAACAGGCGCAGGCCAAGGAGCAGGCGGCAAAGGAACUGAGGGCGAGGGAGCUGAAGGCAAAGGAAGAGGAGCAGCAGCAGCAGCAACAGUUGGCGGCUUCAGAGCAAGGACCUGCCAGUACGGACCUGGUGGCCAAGCGGGCUGCUGCCACUGCGGUGGAACCGCCGCCCAAGGACGCCAAAGCACAGCAGGCGAAGGGGCAACUCCAACAGUCAAGACUCCUUGCGAGUCAGGAUCAGCCGCAGGCAACGGCAGCGACAACUGCAAUGGCAACUGCAGCGCAGCAUCAACAGCACCAGCAGCAGGGGCAGGGGCAGGAGCAGGGAUUACAGCAGGAGCAGGAGCAGGGAUUACAGCAGGAAGAUCAGGAGCAGGUGCAGGAAGACCAUCCCACGGCGGCAGCAGCGGCGGCGCCGUCGACGAUGCAGCGGCCGAGCCGUUCGGCUCCCUUGCGAGGAGCUCACGCAGCGGCGGCGGCGGCGGCGGCGGCGCCAGAUGCCCUGGAACCUAAGCCCCUAGGUCGAAACAAGGAUCAGGCACGUGCGGAGAUGGACGCCGCUACGCAGGCAAUGCUGGAGAAGGCUCGGCGGCUGAGGCAGCAGCAGCUGCAGGAGCGCAUCCAGCAGGAGCGGCAGCGCAAGGAGCAGGAGGAGGCGCGGCGGCAGCAGAAGGAGCAGGAGGAGGAGAGGCUGAGGGAGAGGCUGAGGGAGAGGCUGAGCCAGCAGCAACGGGCCAAGGCCGGUGGCGGGACAGCGGGACUGGUACUCGCUAAGCCGCAAGGCAGCGCCGCCGCGGCGCUUGCGGCCAGGCUGGCAGCGGGGGGAAAGGGCGGAACUGCCGCCGCCAGUGCUGCUGCGGCGGCGGCGGCGGCGGCGGCGAGUACUCCGGCCGGUGCUACAGACGCAGCCGCGACGGCGGAGCCUGACGGCAACGCCGUUGCCAGCGGCAGCGGUGAUUGCGGAGCUCUUAAUGAAGCGGAGCUGGAGGAGUUGGAAGCGGACCUGGAGGCGUUGGAGCAGCAGAUUGCGUCGGCUCCCACGUACGGCAUGAAUGCGCGUGCGCUGGUGCUGCGGGCCGCGGAGCUGGUGGCAAAGCGCGAGGCGGCAGCGCGGCCGGCAGGGACAGCCGUCGCAGCAGGAGCAGCAGCAGGAGCAGCAGCAGGAGCAGGGGCAUCCAAGCCAGGUGCCGUGCCGGCAGCAGACCCGGCCGCCGGGCUUAUCACCGUCGUCAAGCCGCUGGCGGACGCCGUACCGGUUCCAGAGCGGGCGUUCGUGACGUACGUCCCGCGCUCGUCCAUCCCGCGGCUGGUACGGCAGGAGGCGGCGCACUCCCUCACAGGCGGCUAUCUGGCUCUCGCCCUGCAGCGCGCGCGGGUGCCUGAGGCCCGGGCUGUGCAGGCCAUCGCUAACGAGCCCGAGCUGCGCAAGGUCGCCGUAGCUGCCGCCGGGCAACACGAAAUGGCGAUUUACCGCCAGGUCACUUCCAAGAUGAGUUACGAGCUGCUGUUCAGAAAGACCAAGGCGGAGCCGGAACGGCUGCAGAUGUCUGAGGAGCUGGUGCAGCUGCUGAGGAAAGAGUACGGCAGCGGUGGUGCGAAGGGUAAGUCGCCGUCACCGUCCGGCGGUCACGCCGCGACAGCGGCGGCGCCCAAAGCGACGCCGGGUUCUGCCGCGUCCAGGGUCGCGGCAGCUGCACCUGCUGGCGCAGGCGGUAGUGGUGGCGGCAGCGGCGGCGGCGGCGGGUCAGUAAUGGCCGGCACCAAGCGCCGUCUGGCUUCCGCGGACGGUACAGCAACGUCAGCAGCGCCGGUGGCUGGGCCUGCAGCCAAGCGCGUGGCGGUAACCGCAGCCACCGCCGCUGGGGGCCCCGCCAUGGCAAAGCCUGCUUCGAGGGCCACAGCGGCGGCCGCUGGCGUGGCAAAAGUCGGGGGCCACACUGCGGGACGACGUGGCGGCGGCGCCGCCGGCGAUGGUGGGUCCAAGGCGGCUGAUGCGGCCGUGGAUGAACUCUUUGCGAACAGUGACUCGGGAGAUGAGGAUCGGCCUAACCAUCGCAACAGCGGAAGCGCCCUGGGCGAUGCGGCGGCGGCCACCACGACAGCAGGGCCUGAGGGCACGGAUACGGCUCUCAGUGCUGGGGCCGCCAAAGCCGCAAUGACAGCUACUACAACAGCAUCGCCUACAGUCGACAGCACCGUGGCUGCGGCUACAGCCGCUGCAGCUCCUCUGCUGGCUGCCGCCACCCGAGGCGCCGGCGAUGCCGCAGAUCGGCUUGGCGGCGGCAUCAGCGACGGUGGCGAGGACGCACCUGAUGCGUCGUACGAGGAUCUGUUCGGCUCGGACACGGAGUCGGGCGAGGACGGCACGCGGACGACAGCAAAGCAAACAACUGAAGAUGCACCGAAACCUGUACCGCAGGCCGUGGCCCCCGUGGCGCCGCAGGCUCGCGCUCUUGCUGAGCCUACCACAGCUACUGCCGGGGCCGUGGCGACCGUUCCCGCCGGCGGGGCAACUCCUGUCCGCCACGCAGCUGCGGUCCAGUCGCGCGCAGCGGCAGGCCUAGCUUCCACUGCCGUUGCGACCGUCCAAGUCGCAGAGGGGAACGCUGGCAGCGCCAGCGGUACCGCCACUGCCGGUGGUGGUGACGCUCGGCUUCCGAAGCGCCGGCGGAUAGAUGAGGGCGGCGCCGGCAGUGAUGGCGGUCGCGUCGGAGGCGGAGAUAACACCGGCAGUCGCGGCAGGGGAAAGAGCUCCGAGCGGGACUCGAACCGUCACGACCACCGGCGGGAGAAGCACCGCAGCAGCCGCAGCCGCAGCCGCAGCCGACCUCGCGACGGGGGUGGCGAUGCAGCGGCGCGGGAACUGGAGCCCCGAGGGUCCGGCGGUGCGGGCCGGCAAGGCACCGGACCCGAGGGUCAGCAGGUGCAGCAGCAGCAGCAGCAGCCGGCGGUGGUGGUGACGGGUCCGAUGUCCCGGGGCGCUAUGUCUCAGGAAGAGUGGGAGCAGACCGACGUCCGGCAGAAGUUGCGGCAACAGGUAGUCGCGCUUGGGGGCCGCGUGCUGGCCUUCAUCCACGCCACCCUGGAGCCCCUGUACAGGGCUGGUCUGCUGGGCAAGGAGUCGUACAGGCGGGUGGCAGCUAAGACCAGCGAGAAGCUGCUGUCCGCCCACCCGGAUGACACCACAGCGGACUUCCUGGUCCGGGAGCAUGCACAUGUCAGCAAGUUUAUCAUGAAGGUUGUGGAGAGGGAGCAGCAGCGGGAUGCAGAACGGCAGCAGCAAGAGAGCCAGCAGCAGGCCAAGUAG